AUGGCUGCAUACAACUUCGAGAGAAUGCUCCAGCAUAUCCAGAAUUUCCGCAUCACCACGCUCGUUGCCGUACCUCCCGUCCUGGUCAGCAUGGCAAAGAACCCGAUAGCCAAAAAGUACGACAUGUCCAGUCUCGAGAACAUCAGUGGUGGCGCUGCUCCGCUGUCCGGCGACACAAUCGAAGAAGUCGGCAAGAUGUGCUCGCCUGGUGCAUCGGUCAGGCAGGGAUGGGGGAUGACGGAGAUGACCUGCUACAUCUCCAGCUGGGAUCCAAAUGUGAAGAACGAGAGCGCUUCAGUUGGCGAGCUGAUGCCGAAUCUGUCGGCGCGGCUGAUGCAGCUGGAUGGGAAGACCAUGAUCACGAGGCCACACGAGCGUGGAGAGAUUUGGCUGACGGGGCCGACGCUCAUGAAGGCGUAUUGGAAGAACGAGAAAGCAACGGGCGACACGAUGCAUGUGGAUGCCGAUGGAACCAGGUGGAUGAAAACCGGCGAUGUCGGGUUUGUCGAUCGGUAUGAGACGGGCGCUCUCUUUUACAUUGUCGAUCGCAUCAAGGAGUUGAUCAAAGUCAAGGGAAUCCAGGUUGCGCCGGCUGAGCUGGAAGCUACGCUUUUGGAGAAUGAGAAUGUGUCUGAUGCUGCCGUUGUAGGGGUAACGAUCAAUGGGCAUGAGGUUCCUCGAGCUUACGUCGUCAAAUCCGGCGGCUCUCAAAUUACUGCGGAGGAAGUUGCCCAAUGGAUGGAGGGCAAGGUUUCGAAGCACAAGCAUCUUAAAGGAGGCGUUUGCUUCAUUGAUGCGAUCCCAAAGAAUCCUUCUGGUAAGAUUCUGCGCAGGUCGUUGAGGGAUCAGGCCCGAAAGGAAGUAGGCGACAGAAAGCCUUUCGAUUCCAAACUUAUCUGA